ACAACGCCUAACUUCACUGUGGUAAACAAAGAUGGCGGCCCUGGGAGGUAAAGGUUUGUAUAACUUUCCAGGUGUUCCGGAGACCGAAGAACAGCAACGGUUACGGUUCCAAGUCGAACUGGAGUUCGUGCAGUGCCUGGGAAACCCUAAUUACUUGAACUUUUUGGCUCAAAGGGAGUACUUAAAGGAGAGUAAUUUCAUUAAUUACCUGAAGUAUUUGCUCUACUGGAAGGAGCCUGAGUACGCAAAAUAUCUAAAAUACCCAAUGUGUCUGUAUUUUUUGGAUUUAUUGCAAUAUGAACAUUUUCGAAGGGAGUUGGUGAAUGCUCAAUGCAGCAAGUUCAUCGAUGAUCAGCAGAUAUUGCUAUGGCAACACUAUACAAGGCGGAGGAAUAGGUUACUUACCAUGCCUUCUGCCAAUGGAGGUUCUGAGCAGAACGUAAACAAUCAAAAUACAAAUAAUGGAAUAAAUAUGAAAAUGUCUUGAUUUAAGUUAGUUUUAGAAUUAUACUGUGUUAUUUUUUAUAUGGAGUUAUUUAAUAAAUAUGUAUAAGUAUAACAAGAUCAUUUUUUUAUUGAAUAUGUGCUUUAUA